AUGGCACCGACACGCAUCAUACUCGACACCGACCUGUCUAUGGGCGCGGGUGCCGAUGUCGACGAUGGCUUCGCCCUCGCCCUGGCGCAUGCAGACAAGGACGUCCAAGUUGAUCUAGUCACCACAGUAAAUGGAAACACCGACGUCGAGAGCGCGACCAUCUUGACCGGCGUCCUCCUCAACCGACUCGGAAUCCAAAACACACCAUUCGUGCGCGGUUCGGCCACCCCUAUCAUCCACCCGGACCAGCACCGCACACCUGCCCCUCACGUUCUCGCGCAGAAAGGAAACGCGCGUGCUCCGGAUGCCGGCUACGCUCCCGUGGCCAUUGUCGAGCACAUCCUCGCCAACCCGGGCGAGAUAACCGUCGUCGCGAUCGGGCCUCUCACCAACGUGGCCAUCGCGCUGCUCCUCGAGCCCCGGAUCAAAUCCGCCAUCAAAGAGCUCGUCAUCAUGGGCGGCGUGUUCCUCGGGACCAUGUACUCCCGCAGCAAACCGGGCGAGUUCAACGUCUUCUCGGACCCGGAAGCCGCCCGGACCGUGCUACGCUCCGGCGUCCCUCAACGCUGGAUCGGCCUCGACGUCACGCUGCGGGUCCGGCUGAGCAUGGCGGACGCCCUGGAGCUCAAGAAGUCUUCGUCGAGUUUCGCCGCCUUCGCAGGGGACGCCACCAUCUCCUACAUAGACUAUCAGGCCGUCAGGUUCCCGGGAAGACCCAAGACCGACUCCAUCCCCAUGCACGACCCCCUGGCUGUGGCUGUCGUGUCAAAACCCGAACUCUGUGAAUACAGAGACAUGGCUGUGUCGAUCAUUACAGGCGACGGUGAAGCGCGCGGCGUCAUGAUCGCGGACAGACUGGAGACACCAUCACCCCCUAUACCAAAUUGUCGAGUCGCUGUCGAUGUCAAUAGCGAGGCGUUUCGGUCGCAUUUUUUAACGUUGAUUCAAACGCUGUGA